AUGGUUGCCUUAAAGUGUGCUGGUGCGGGUGGUUCUUCAGCUGCUUAUUGGGUUUCAGAAGCUUUCGCAAAUUCAUCUGUAAAAAUUAAUACUACGAUUUAUGAACAAUCAUCAAUCGUUGGUGGGCGGGUCAAUGUUAUAAAUUUUGAACGCGAUGAUAUAAAUAUUCCCAUUGAAUUAGGAGCAUCAAUUUUUGUUGAUGUUAAUUAUCACUUGGUAGAGAAUGCGAAGAAAUUUGGAUUGGAAUUUAUAAAAUAUGGAGAGGAAUUAGAAAACUCGAAAAUGGGAAUUUGGAACGGCGAAGAAUUUGUCUUUGAACAAUCUUUUAGUUCAUAUUGGGAUAUCGUGAAACUUUUUUGGAAGUAUGGAUGGGCUCCAAAGAAAGUUCAAAAUCUGGUAAAAGAAAUUAUCGGAAAGUUUUUGGAAGAGUAUAAAUAUGAUGAGCCUUUUAUUAGUGUCGAUGCGGAAGCCGAGCGUCUUCGACUAGACAAAGAAAGAAAAUACAGUGCUCAAUAUUACUUCUCUGAAUUGAAAAAUAUUAAUCAGCUUUAUCUUCAACAUUUUGUCGAACCAUUGACCCGUGUUAAUUAUGGCCAGAAUUUAGCAGAAAUGCACGCAAUGGGAGCCUUUAUUAGUUUAGCACCUGAAGGAGCGAAAGGUAUUAAGGGGGGAAAUUUCAAACUUUUUGAAAAGUUUAUCGAACACUCUGGUGCCAAUUUGAAAUUAAAUACAAAAAUAACCAAAGUUACAAGAUUGCCAUCACACAAAGGUAUCAUGAAUGAUGUGAAAUAUGCAGUAAAAUCAAGUGAUGGCUCUUCUGAAAUAUACGAUGCAAUUAUUUUGGCCGCUCCAAUUCAAUUUACCGGAAUUGAAUUUGAAAAUAUGGAUUUUAAAAUUAAAGAAAUUCCAUAUGUAGAACUCCACGUCACUUUAGUUGUGGGAUUCAUUAAUCCGGCCUACUUUGGUCGUACCAAAAUUGAAGAGGUACCUAAUCAAAUAGUGACGACCAACAGCGGGAAAUGCGAAUUUCUUAGUUUUGGAGGAAAAUUGCAACUUCCAAAUGGAGAAACUGUCGUUAAGUUAUUUUCGCACCAAGAGUUAUCUGAUGAGAUGCUUGACAGACUUUACACCAAUCGUUCUUGGACUUUCCGUAAAGUAUGGAAUAGCUAUCCUAAACUUUUACCCAAUCAAACUUUUCCACAAUUGGAACCUGUUGACGGUUUCUUCUAUAUAAAUUCUUAUGAGCCUUUCAUUUCGAAUUCAGAUAAAGCAAAUUAUGCCUUUACCAAUCCAAAAUUCUAG